AUGACUUUCAGCAAUAUAAUACCUGGUAUAACUGCAUGGUUUAACUAUAAAUUAUUACUUUGUAUGUUUUCAGGAGAGGUUCUAGGAGAUCUAACACUACAAAGACUUAUAGAUGAAGCAAGCAGAAGUAAUACAAAUAUAGAAGAAAUAAAAAAAGAUGUUAUAGAACCAUCUUCAACUGAUACUGGUUCUGAUUCUGGAACAGGUACUGGUACUAACACUGGUACAAUUAGUGACAAGCCAAAUAGUGCUAAAGAAUCUCCAAAAACAGAAAAUAAGACGACGACGGCACCAGUACCUGGUAAAGCUCAACCUCAGGUUCAAUCUAAGGGUGGAGGAGAUGUUGGCCAAAAUGCUUCUCCCUUCUCCGGUGUGUUAUUUAUUGUUAUUGUGGCUGCAUGUAGUGUAGCAGGUCUUGUUGGAUUAAUUAUGGCUGGUGUUUGUUGGUUCAAUCGACCCAGCUGUAAAUGGGUACAGAUAAUCCGGGAAAGAUCAAUGCCAAGAGGUAUCGCCAAGGACCGGCUGGUAGAACCGGCUGGUUCCUUAACUGUGAACCUAAGUAACUAUCCUUGUAAAAUGUAG